AUGUCUACGGAUAUGGGGGGCCGCAACCUGGAAGCAUCCCACGAAAAGACUCCGGCGGCCCAGCAGUGCAGCACCAAGAACACCAAGCUGGCCCGUUGGCCCCCAAAUGUCGGGCAAACGCAGAGGCUCCGUCUGCCCCGAUUCCCCGAGAACCCCCGCCAACCAUUAUGA